AUGUCGUCUACUCUCUCCAGCGAGAUCAGAAAUCAAGGCAAUGAUUUUUUUCGUCGAGCAGGUCGUGCUCUGGCGAGCUCCUCACUUCGAGAAGCAAAGGAUCUUUUCGAACAAGCGCUGACUUGCUACUACCGUGCGAAAGACAAAGCGGUAGGUGAUCGAGACGACGAGUGUUCUGCGGCGAAGAACAUCGGUAAGGCAGCUUGGAAGAUAGCUGGAGUACUCAGCAAGCAAGAAGAGAAACCGAAAACGAUUAUCUUUUAUCUGCAUGAAGCGAUUAAAGGAUUAUGCAUUGCUUACAAUCACAGCGAGGCUUGUAAAGACGCUGAGUGGAGAGAAGAAGUCUUUGAAACGCUCAAUGUUUGUUUACAAGAAGUCCUGAAUGAAGCCGACGCUCUGGGUGAUGUCGAUCAAAGGAUCGCGCAGCUGGAGAAGCUAUGUUCUAUAAACACGGUGAUCGAAGCUGCCCCCGACAUACAAAUCAAUCUUGCUACGCUUUACUUUCAUGACGGUACCACUAAACUACAAAAUGGUGACUACAAGAAAUGUCUGAUACGCAUGAAGGAUUGCUACCGACCCAUUGAAGAAGUCAAGCGCCUGUGUCGUUACGCGGGCGUCACGCGUGCUACACACGAGAUGUUGACGGAAGCGCGGACGCUAGAGCAAGAUGUAUUUUACCAUACCUGUUCGGCCUCGUCGAUUCAAGCGCGCGUGCAAGGAGACCAGCUUCUACAAGUGGCUCUGCAAGAACAAGAAGACCUCGACAUGACUUUAGUUUUUGAAGUUAUUGACUGGUACAAGCAAGCUGUUGUCCUCUCCAGAGAAGUUGACAUAGAGCAGGAGGCCAUUGCUGAAAGUCGCCUUGGUGUGGUGUAUGACAAGGUACUGAAGUUAACGCUUCGAGCGAAGGCGUACUUCACCCAUAGCUUUGAGCUAGCCGAGUCCCUGAAGCCUCGAGUCUUCACCUCGCAGACGUGGUACAAAGAUUGCGCUAGUGCGCUUAAGAGAUACCAAGAUGAAGCUCGGGCAAGAGAUGAGCAAGAAAAACAAAAACAGCGAGCCAAGUUUAUGGAAGAACUAAGCGAGGAACUGGAAGAUAUACGAGCUUAUAAAUCAAGGGCGAUUCCUCUAAUUAAGCACUUGUACCUCAACUAUCCUCCCAAAACAUUAACAUGGAAAAAGCCAAGUGACAAAGAGAUGAAAAAGUGGGAAUCGUUGGAAAGAAAGUCAAAAGAGUACAAAAAGAUUCUGGUGAAAGCUCUGAGUGUUUAUCACCCCGACAAAGUGGAUGAAAACCAUCAUGGAAAGAAGUGGAAAGUCUUGUGUGAGGAGAUCACAAAAAUGCUUACUUUUCACUAUGAAGGCACCAAGAACAUCAGCGAAUAAUUUUAAAGUUUCCUGAUGUAAUCUUAUUACAAAAUGCACUCAAAGAAGUCUGUGAUUUUGCUACAACCCCUCUCUCCUCCGCAGAGACUCCCGCUGGUUUCCCUAUAAAAAUAGCAAUAAUCGAAAAAAUAGAAAGCGCGCGGGGGACGAUGGGAAGAUGGAGAAGGUGGGAGCCUCUCUUCUCUCUUUCCCCUUCCCAUCGUGCCCCCCGCGCUCUCUUUUUCUUUCUCCCCAGGGGAGCCUCUGUGGAGGAGAGAGCUACAACCCGUAAUUUUAACUACCACAUAGUUAUUGUCACACUUGGGGUCCUAGGAGCUCCUCAUAGUGAAAAGUUUAGCCAAAGGAAAAAAUAUAUAUAUAUUAAUUGAUUUCCCCCUCGUAUAGCGUGCACUGAUCGCAUUAAUCAGUCGACAGUCAGUAAACGCCUUUUUUUCUUUUUGUUAAGGGGAAGUUGGUUAUAAUUAUUUUUAAUACUAUUGGUAAUGUUAUGUGUAGAACAUAAAACUUGACUAACCUAGUUCAGGGCUUUUUCUACCCUGAGGCAUACUGUAAAACUUCUGUUUACAAAAUGUAAUGAGACGAAAAAUAAAGAGAGGAAAGGGGCGAAAAACGCGACCUGAAAAGUUUUAGUUCCUUGUUUUUUUUUUCCUCUAACCCCCUUAAAUUUCAACCAAUCUCCCCAUCCGGGAUCCCUCUCCUUCUACGGGAAAGGCAUUUUAAAAGCCUUAGAAUUUGAUU